UAGAUUUUUCUUUUCUUUUCUUGUAUCAGCUGGGUUCUGGCCUGAUUAGCAUCUGUGGGGAGAGAGCUGGAGAGUGCACAGUGGAGUUUCAGAUCUGUCUUCGAGUCAAACAAAGCGCCAACAUCAGUUUCAAUUGAGACAUGGGGACAGAGAAGAAACAGUCAUCAGCCGUAUCAGAUGUGGGAGCUUGGGCUAUGAACGUUGUCAGCUCUGUUGGCAUUAUCAUGGUCAACAAGCAGCUCAUGUCCCCUAGCGGUUAUGCCUUCGUCUUUGCAACAACUUUAACUGGGUUCCACUUCUCUAUGACUGCCUUAGUCGGUUUGGUGUCUAAUGCCACUAGUUACUCAACAAGAAAAAAGGUUCCUUUGUGGGAGCUUCUUUGGUUCUCAAUCUUUGCCAAUACUUCAAUCACCGGGAUGAACCUAAGCCUCAUGCUGAAUUCAGUUGGAUUUUACCAGAUUUCAAAGCUAAGUAUGAUUCCAGUUGUUUGUGUGAUGGAAUGGAUUCUCCACGGUAAACACUACUCAAGCAAAGUCAAGAUUGCAGUCAUCGUGGUGGUGGUUGGUGUCGGUGUUUGUACAGUUACUGAUGUAAAAGUUAACGCACAAGGAUUUGUUUGUGCCUGUGUCGCUGUCCUGUCCACCUCCUUGCAACAAAUUUCAAUUGGCUCUUUACAAGAGAAGUACUCGAUAGGCUCUUUUGAAUUGCUUAGUCAAACAGCUCCAAUCCAAGCUCUAUCUCUUUUGUUGCUUGGUCCAUUCGUUGAUUACUACCUCACUGGCAAAUUACUGGCAAGUUACAAGCUCUCCUCAGCUGCAUUUUUUUUCAUACUACUCUCGUGUUCCUUAGCAGUAUUCUGCAAUAUAAGCCAGUAUCUGUGCAUCGGACGAUUCUCAGCGACUUCUUUCCAGGUUCUAGGCCACAUGAAAACCGUUUGUGUUUUGAUAUUGGGAUGGCUACUCUUUGAUUCAGAGCUGACACUGAAAAAUAUACUUGGGAUGGCCCUUGCUGUCCUUGGCAUGGUAAUCUACAGUUGGGCAGUUGAGGCUGACAAGCAAUCUGAUUCCAAGGCUAUACCAAACCUGGAAGAUGCUUCAGAAGAAGAUGUUGAACUAUUGAAGCAGCAAAUGGACGGGUCUUCUUCACUCAAGGAUGUUGAGCUUGGUAAAUCUCAAGCAUAGAUUUGUGCUUUUUUUUGCUAAAAAUAUUUAUUUGUUCAAUGUUCUAAGCGGUGGGCAGCGGCUGUACAAAAUGUUAAAUUUAUUGUUUUAUUAAAAUUGUUUUUCCAUACAUUCUCGAUUUUUUUAUUGUAGUAAAUUCAUUUCAGUAUAAGAUAUUUUCUAAUGAAAAAU